GAUGGUGGAGAGGUGGCAGCCCCUCUUCCUGAGCUCACGUCCGCCCCCCAUCCGCAGGCUCUUCGCCAGCUACCCCCAGACCAAGACCUACUUCCCACACUUCGACCUGCACCCCGGCUCUGCGCACCUGCGCUCCCACGGCUCCAAGGUGGUGGCCGCAGUGGGCGACGCGGUCAAGCACAUUGACGACAUCGCCAGCGCCCUGUCCAAGCUGAGCGAGCUGCACGCCUACAUUCUGCGCGUGGACCCUGUCAACUUCAAGCUCCUGGCCCACUGCCUGCUGGUCACGGUGGCCUCGCACUUCCCCGCGGACUUCACGGCCGACGCCCACGCCGCCUGGGACAAGUUCCUGUCCGUUGUGUCCAGCGUCCUGACCGAGAAAUACCGCUGAGCGCAGCCCCAGAGGACAGGCUGCGACCUCUGCUUGACCUCUGAGCCCGCCCACUGCUCCUCCCCUAAUUCCCCAAUAAACGGCUGAGGAUGGAAUGAGCCGGUCCUGUCCUCAGUGCAGGGGGGAGGAGGAAACAAAGUGAGGGUAGUUCACUCCGGGGCUGGCGGCUACUCUCGGCGCGUUUGGGGGCGGCCCCUGCGCCUAAGGACCCCCGGGGAGCAGGCGGGGGAGAGCCCCGCAGCCGCGGGCACGCCCCGCUGUUUGCUCUGGUCUUUACCAAUCGCGCAAAGAUGGGGCUUCCCUCCGCCGGCGUGUGGGUUGUGU